GCGCUUCUGGACCUGUGCUUCGACGACGGUUUAUUCCCGGAUACCAAUAUUGAUUUUGGGGAAACCGAGAUUAUUGAUGGGAUUGGCUAUUUGUCUCUCAAUCGCGAAGUCGAUGCUGCAACGGUUAACUGGCUGAAGGCAAGAACGGUAAUAGUUCUCCUUGAUGAACCGGCAAUGUCCCUAAGUGUAGCUCAGAGGGAACAGUUAAUUAGAGUUUACGAGGAGGCUUGGUAUCAGGAUGCGGAUUUUAAUCCUAUGCAGAAGAGGGGUAGGACUCAUGGGGAGGGCCCAAAUGUCUCUUCAUACGUGGCUAGAACGGAGAGGAUUGCUCGGUGGCUGAUAGCCAAAGGGGAAGAUAGAAUUCCGAUAAGAAAUGGCUCGGUCAAGGUCAGAUUUAAGCCAUGGAUGACAAGGCAAGAAUUGGAUGUAAUUAGAGACAACGAGGCAGCAGGUAGGUUUAGGAUUAUUGCGCUGAGAGUUCCCCUUGAAGCUCUACCCUCACUCAGAUUCGCCGUUCAGCGUUUUAUGGGAAGAGUGUUGGUGAUGCACCCCCCGGAGAGAAGGGCGGACGAACCCAGAUUGGGGAAUAUCCAAAUUGAUUGUGUACCGGAGGUAAGGCAAACCUUUUUAGAAUGGAUCGUGGUCAGGAAACCGUCGGGAGGGUUUGUCGAAGUUCAGUUCGCUAAUCAGGAUACCCCAUUCUGCAAUAAAUGCUUAUGGUGGUAUCACGAUGAGUUUGACACGAAGUGUCCUAGGUUCGGGGAACCAAUGCCGGAAGGGCGAGGUGGGAGACGAGGCAGGGGGAGAGGGGCGAGAGGAAGAGGAAGAGGGAGUGGCCAGCGAGGAACGCAAGCCAGAGAAAGAUGCAUUGAGGAGGAUGAGUGCAGGGAGAUGGUGAAAGAGGCAGAACAACGGAUAGGAAAGGACCCGUACACGGACUUGUACUGGGAACGUCGCAGAGAGGAUUGGUUGCGUAAAUGGGACUUAUUGCAGGUGGAGCAGCAGGAAGUCUGGGCCAGGAGAGCAAAGGAGCGGGGCAUGACCCAGUUGGACAGAAUGACUAAAAAAACUUUCAAGCGGCUAUGUCCUCCCCGGUCACACGGGAUUAUCAGAGCACUGAAGCAUCCUUUCAAUGCUCAGGCAGACUUGGCGGAGGAUACAGAAACAAUGGCUGACUAUGCACUUGACUAUUACAAGGACAUUUUGACGUCAAGAAGGCCCCCGGAGCAGACAUUGGCGGAUAUGAGACAGGAGGCAGACCUCUGGUGCAGCACGGACAAAAGACUGGAGCCAAACCAACGGUUGUUGUUGGACCGCCCUUUAACACUUCAAGAACUACAGGAAGCAGUGAAAAGUAUGGCGAGGGGGAAGACGCCGGGAGACGAUGGUCUUCCGAUGGAGUUCUACGAGGCAACGUGGGAUCAGAUCGGCCCAAUCUUGUUAAAGCUCUUCAACAAUGUCCUGGAGGGAGGGCGCUUAACGGAGGACAUGUGCAGGGGGACAAUCACGCUCAUCUACAAGAAAGGAGACAAGCAGAAUGUCAGGAACUGGAGACCUAUUUCGCUGCUCAAUGUCUCAUACAAGAUCCUCGCGAAGGCCCUCUCGAGGAGGUUGGCAAAGAUUCUUCCAGAUCUAGUACGGGCGGACCAGGGUGCCUUUGUGAAGGGAAGGUCGAUCGCAGAGAAUAUCUUAGUGGCCAUGGGGGCUUUGGAGGUAAUCAGUAAGGAAAAGAGGCAAGUCAUGGUCGCUAUGCUAGAUCUGGAGAAAGCAUAUGACCGUGUUAACUGGUCCUUCGUCCUGGCCACGUUGGAUCAUAUGAACUUUGGAGUCCCCUUUCGCCGUCGGAUCUCGGCAAUGUACUGCCACUCCACAGCAACCGUUUUGAUAAACGGCAGGCAGUCACAGGAGUUCAAAUUGUCUCGUUCAUUGAAGCAAGACUGCCCAUUGGCUCCCCUAAUGUUUGUGCUGCAAAUGGAAGUCACGGUCCUUCUGAACUCCCUGCGUGCGGCGCCAUUGGUCAAAGGUCAGAAGCUGAAAGAGGAUGUAGAGGUGCUUACAGGUGCAAUUGCGGACGAUCUCCUGCUGAUUACGGAGGCGACAGAGGAGUCUACAUCUGGUGCUAAGUUGCUGCUGGAUCAGUAUUCCGGGCUCUCAGAAGCCAAAGUCAACUGGGACAAGUCAUCAUACUUUCUGCCAACGGAGUACGAGCUUCAGGAUGAUUGGACUAUGAAAAGGAUUGAUGAGAAGGAGUCCGAGAGAUACCUCGGGGUGCAAGUUUCACUUACCAAUAGUCGUCCUGCCCAGGACGCCGUCUUGAUAGGGCGAGUGGAGGCUGGGAUCAACAGAUGCAAAGCAGCCCCGGGCAUAUCACUAAUGGGUCGGGCAACAAUGAUUACGGCAGUGGUUUUCUUCGUGCUAUGGCAUGUGGCGACAGUCCUCUUGAUCUCGAAGCCUACCAUUCGAAAGGUGAAAGCGGCUGCGGCUAAAUACCUAUGGAAACCGCAUGCAGAAGAAAAGGAAGGGCAUAUCAGUAAAGUGGCAUGGGACAAGGUGGUUAAGCCAAAGGAAGAAGGGGGAUUGGGCAUAGUGGAUCCAGAAGGGCAGAAUCUGACACUGUUGGGGAAAUGGAUAAAAAAGGUGGCAAUGCAAGAUGAAACAAGGAAUUGGAUGGAGAUAGCACUGUAUAUACUUCAGCAGGAGUUCCAGCUCAGCAGAUCGGAGGAUGUCUGGACCUGCCUCCGUAUGGUCUCCUUUGGCAACCGCAGACCAAGAUCGGCACUCGGUUUGGUAUGGUGGAUUGCAUGGCGAAAGCUGAAGCCGAAGAAAUCCCCCCCGCCGAUUGUAAAGGAAGAAGUGUUAGUUCAGCACCUCUUCGACAAUGAGAGAAUCUUGAAAGAAGAUGGUCUACCUUUUUCGGCGGCAGCGGUACCAAGGGUGAAUUUUGAAAGGAAAUGGGUGGAAAGGGGUAUUGUCAAGAUACAGGAUAUACGGGUGGAGGAGAGAAACGGGUGGAAGACGGAAAGCGAAGUUCGGGUUCAUUUGGGAAGGCUGAGAGGGGUGGGUGAAAAACUGUCAGCCUUGACUGCGACCAUCCCACCAGAGUGAAGGGAUGUGCUAAAUGCUGGAGCACUUCCAGUAAGAGAGGCUUGGUACAGGGAAGAGCCAGGGAAUGGAAGGGCGGACACUUGCUACAGAAUUGAGGAACAGCGGAGUGAAGGUGAAUGGAGGGUAUCGAGGUGGACCAGACAGGUCCCGGAGGAGGUGGAAGGAAGACUGAUAACCAGCGGAGAGGAAAUAGUCUUUAACUUUUAGAACUGGAGAAUGAUCAAAGUGAUCUGUAUGGGGCACAAGGAGGGAGGACUGGACUGGAAACUAGUUCAGGGGGGAGAGGAAGUUACAAAACUUCGCUUUGAUCCGGCUAUGAUCAAGUGGGAGGAGAUUGGCCCAAUCAAGAACAUAUUAGUUU